AUGCGACUUACAGUUGCCGCCAUUUGCCUCGUUGCGAGCUCCGGCACGCUCUGUUGCGCGACCGACCGAGUGCUCAAGCAUGGAUCUCCGGAGUCGGUGGGACUACUUGCCCAGCCUCUUCACCAGCUGCCCCCGAACUUGACACAGUAUACUCAUCCUGCCAAUUAUGGGUCCGCUUCGCACAAUGAGGUUCACCCAAUCCAGCCGGGAGGCACUGUUGUUAUCGGCCAUCAGUCCACGAUUGUGAGCUCCUUCGCCUUCGGAAAUGCGAGUCUGUAUGCAGACUCCAAUGGUACAUUAUUGCCUGCCCAUGAAUGGAUCCCGGCAAAAAUGGACACAAUCUACGAUAUGGCCAGUCUGACCAAAGUAUUCACGGCGGUGGCCGUAUUGCGUGCCAUUGAUGAGGGCAAGCUAAGUUUGGACAAGUCCGUCGCAUCGUAUAUUCCCGACUUCGCAAUCAAUGGAAAGGACAACAUCACAGUCUUGAUGCUAUUGACGCACACGAGUGGUUUCCCUCCUGAUCCUCUGCCUGGACUGUAUGACCCAAGCUACACAACCAUGCAGCAGCGUGUCGAUGCUAUCAUCAAGCAUGAGCUUGUAGAUGCCCCAGGAUCUACGUACACAUACUCUGACUUGAACUUCAUGAAUUUGCGCUUCUUGGUAGAGAAAGUCACCAACACACCAUUCGACGAGUAUGUUCAUUUAUAUACCAGCGAGCUUGGCAUGACCAGCACGUUCUUCAACAAAGGAAACAACCAGUCCCCUUCGUUUCACUAUUUUGCGCGCAUGGCACCGACAGAGUACCAAAUUGAAGUUCUGGGAGACUCCGAGCCGCAACGGCCCCAGCCAGUGCGGGGGACCGUCCAUGACGAGAACGCCUGGGCUCUGAAUGGCGUAAGCGGACACGCCGGUCUCUUUUCUACUGCCGGAGACGUGGCGAUUUUCUGCCAAAUGAUUUUGAACAACGGCACAUACGGCGGCACGAAGAUCCUGAAACCGGAGACUGUGGACUUGAUGUUCACGAAUUUUAAUACCGCGUUCCCUGGAAAUGAGCACAGUGUUGGGUUUGAGCUCAAUCAGAGCUAUUUCUCCGGUCCCAUGGCCAAUUUGCUUGCCGGCGGCCACACGGGCUUCACUGGGACUACGCUUGUUGUUGAUCGUGCGUCGGAUACUUUUAUGGUCAUGUUGGCUCAUCGGGUGCAUGCGAAUCGGAACUGGUCGAGUAACAAUAUCAUUCGAGAGGCUGUUGGGUAUUGGGUUGCUCGCUCGCUUGGUCGGGAUGUUGCCUUUCCUUGA